UCUUGCGUUAAAUCAAUAACUAAUGCAGUUUCUUCAUUAUCUGGAAUCGUGAAUAUUAGUGUGAGUUUAGAAAAUAAUGAAGCGAUAAUUUCUUAUAAUGAGAGUAAAAUAACCAAAUCAAAAAUCAUUGAAACGAUCGAAAAUUGUGGAUUUGUCAACGCCUUUAAGGAUACACCCGGCAUAAUUAAUAUUGAUGUGAGCUUAGAAGAUGAGCGAGCGAUAUUUGAUUUUAAUGAGAAUUUGAUUCAAGAGGAUGAAAUUAUUGAGGGUAUUGAAUAUUGUGGAUUUGAUGUACCAAGAGAAUAUAAUAAUAUUGACAUUGAACAAAUAAAAAAUGUUGUUUUACCAGUUAAAGGAAUGACAUGUAAUUCAUGUGUUAUGUCCAUCACAAAUGCUUUAAAUCAAAUUCAAGGGAUUAAUAAUGUAAUUGUGAAUCUUAAUGAGGAAAAUGCUACAGUUGAUUACGAUGAGAGAUUG